AUGGGCUUCUGGGUCCCGGAAUCUCCUAAAGGUUGGGAGGCCUCGGCUUGGUCAGGACAUUGCCCCAUUGCCUCCCAUCGCUGUAGGAAUCCAGUCCCUUGCUUCGUGAAACACAGCAAGAGUUUCGUCGCAGAGUCUGUGAGCCCUCUGGCUCCUACAGUCCCCCAGGCCCGAACCAGCCCUUUGACUCCUCCAGUUCAAGGAGUUGGUACGACUGGAUACUUGAGCGAUUUUAUUAUUUUAAUUUUUUUUAGUUCUACUAGUUUAUUGCUACCAACCCCUUUCCCUCUACCCUCGUGCACACCUGCUCAGUCAUGUAACCCCAUGGACUGCAGCCUGCCAGGCUCCUUUGUCCAUGGACGUUUCCAUGCAAGAAUACUGGAGUGGGUUGCCAUUUCCUUCUCCAAGUGGGUUGCCAUUUUCUUCUCCAUACUUGAGCGAUUUAAAGAGCCUCCUGCAGUAACUGCAGCAGACGUUUCGGAAAGCCCUGAACUGGAUUAA